CUCACGGCUCAGCAGAUGCUCAACAUCGCCCUGGCGGAUGCCCGGCUGUACGUGGACCCCUUCAUAAUGCAGGCGUUGGUCGACAACAUCGAGCGGCGCGUCCUGGACGGCCACGUCGCGCUGAACGAUGUGGACCAGCGACAGUGGGAGGAGGUGAAACGCUGGUGCAUGCCGUGCUGUCAGGCCAUGGAGGUCAUGGACAGUUUUAAUACAGCGUAUGGGGGCGAGUACGGCGGCAUGCCCAUACCCUUGCUGGCUCCUGAUGGCAGCAUGUAUCCCGUCCCGAUGUUCCUUCCAGACGAGGGCUUCGUUGGCGAGCAAGAAAUGUAUGAGGGGUUCGACAUGUCCGAGGAGUAUACAACAGAUUACGUACAUGCUGACGGCGAUGGACAUGACCCAGCGGACAUAGUGCUCGACUACAUGUGUCCAGACGCCGCUGCAAAAGAUCACGUGCAAGAUGGCAACGACGACGGAUACGACGGUGAAAGUGAAGGUGUCGAUGACGGUGCAUCUCAAGGUACGUAUGGCACUUCCCAGUGCGUCGCCACAGUAGACGAGCUGAAACAGCACGACUGGUCGCCUGCCCUUGAGUACCAGUAG